UCUGGCCGCCUCCUGCGGCCGCCGCUGUGACAGGCAGUGGCGCAGCACAGGCCGCCGAGCGCAGCCGGGCCGCCGCAGCUGAGGUGAGGAGAUGUCCAUCGACGCAGUUCUUUGACGUCUGCGACGGCCGUAGUUUGAAUUUCUGGUACCACCUGAGUUCGAAAAUAAAGCAACCAGCGACCACGAUGCGCGCCGACCUCAAACCGCCGCUGCCUCUGCUGCUGCUGCUGCUGCUGGCGACGUGGGCGCCCCUAGCGGCUGCUAGGAGCACCUCGCUCCGAGACACGUCGGGUGAGCGGCGGGCGGCGCAGGCGGAGCCGCGCACGGGCAUCACGGUGUCGGCGCAGGUGUCGGCGUCGCCGCAGCGGCCGUACGUGGUGUGGUGGGAGGGCGCGACUGCCGACUACUGGCUGUGCCUGUGGGACCGCGACCCGCGCGCCGGCGACGCCACGCCGCUGGCGCGCCUCGACCUGGGCGCCGGCCAGGCCGACCAGAGUGGCUGGUGGGACACCGGCAUCGCCGCCGCAGACUCGCACUCCGAGCCGCCCAGCUACGAGGCGACGGACCUGGGCCGGUGGGCGGGGCUGGUGCCGCGGUCCGCGGGCGACGUGUCGUCGUCGGCGGUGGGCGUGUCCUCGCUGGCGACGCGGCCGCGCUGGAUGGAGCAGAGCCGCGCGCAGCUGGGCCCGCUGCCGCUGACGGCGCUCUUCCUGCCCGGCACGCACGACUCGGGUGCCUACAAGCUGUUCAGCGCCGCCGACGCCGCCGCCAGCGCCGCGCUGCCCAGGGAGACGCUCAUCGACAAGUACUCCGUGGCUCAGGAGGAGUCUGUGCUGUGGCAGCUGGCGUUCGGCGUGCGCUACCUCGACCUGCGCGUCGCCUACUACCCGCUGACGGACGAGGUGUGGUGGCUGAACCACGGCCUGGUGCGCUUCCGGCCGCUGGCCGACGUGCUGCAGCAGGUGCUCACCUUCGUCCAGAACACCCAGGAGGUCGUCGUGCUCGACUUCCACGAGUUCCCCGUCGGCUUCCGGCAGCAGGGCCGCCGGCUGGGCAGCGUGCACGACCAGCUCGUGGCGGAGCUGCGCACGCAGCUGGGGGCCGUGGCGGCGCCGCCCACGGCCGGGGGCGGCGGCUGGGCGGCUACGCUGGACCAGCUGUGGGCCGGCGGCCGGCGCCUCGUCGUCUCCUACAACGACGCCACAACCGUGGCCGGCAACGCCGACUUCCUGUGGAGCGCCGUCUCGCAGAAGUGGGGCGACGUGCGCACGCUGGACGACCUCCACGACUACCUGCAAGGCCUCUACCUCAGCCCACCAACUGGGCCCUGGGCGGCGAUGGCUGAGCUGACGCCCAACACCAUGGAUGUCCUGCUCGACCGCCUCGGUGGACUCCGCAAGAUGGCUGACCUCGUUAAUAAAAAUGUCACUGCCUGGUACCGUGGAAAGUGGGGACAGACAGUGAAUGCCGUGGCAGUCGACUUCUUCCAAGGAACGGCUAUUGUGGAGGCCGCCAUCGACUGGAAUCUGCAACGUGCUGCAGAGGCCCGGAAGGCCAACGUCACACUUCCGCUAUGUUCCUCAGCACCGGGAAGGACAGGAGAGCUGUGUCCCUCAACACCGGGAAGGCAUCUAUGAUGACAUGGGCGUAAAGUGCCAGAGACUGUUCCUCAGUUUCUGUGCCUCCUACAGACAGUUCCUAUAUCCCCUAAAUGCUAACAUGGACAGAAAGUGGGAAACCACAUCACUACAAGACGGUGACUGGCACAGUUCUGUGCACAGCCUACCAUAACUGUACAGCAAAAUAGCAACAGAGAGCAAACAUCAUAAUAGUGCUAUUAGAUAUUCUGCCACAUCUGUGACCUAUUAGAUAUUCUGCCACAUCUGUGACACCACUGUCAUAUCAUGCAGCCACAUCUUGCAACUCUGACAGUUUUGAGUGAUCUAGUAUUAUGCAAUGACAUGAAAACAUGGCCAUACUUUGUGGUACCUCAGAUUAAUGUUCCUGAUUGUUUGGUUACCUUGAAGAUAAGGGAUUGAAUUCACCAUUUUCUGCAUUGUAUGAGAAUCGGAUGAUAAAUCUUGUGCAUAUCUACUUAAUGAGCUAUGUCUGCAUAGCUGCAGCAGGAUAAAAUGAUAAUUCGUGUAACGUAUCAUCCAUAUGUUUGUAUGAGUUACCAGACAUUACAUUAUAAGAAACAAAUGAAACUGGGUUUCUUUUUACAGUACUUGCAUGUUAUACCUAGCAACGACUGUCAUGAGGAAAACAGACCUUAUUGAGAUAAAAGUAAAAAUUAGAAGAAAACUAAAUAGAGUUUGAUAUCAGUUUUCUACUGAAAAGCUCAAACACUAAAGGCUCUAACUGUUGCAACUCCUGACAAUAUAUGUUAAACUCAUUCUUAAUGUUUACAGUCUGAUGCGGCCUUCAAACACAGAAGUUUCAGAGCAUUAAAUAGUUGUUUAUCUAGGUGAAAGUUACAGGACACAAAUAUCCACUGACAAAAAACAUGCUGGAAUAGUUCAUAUUUGUCCAUAGUUCUAGCACUGUCUGUAUUUUACUUGUUGUUUUGAAUCACAGAUCCUACAAAAUAAGUGCAGUAAUUUACUGAAAUAAGCAGGAUACCUGCUUUGUCACAGAUAAAAAAAAACAUAGAAAACAGAUUCUGUCCAUUGAUUCAUACUACAAUUUAUAUUUCCACAUAAGUUUAUACUGCUUUCAUAAACUACGUCAAUUUUCCACACUUCAUCAAUUAUAGUCACCCUCGAAGCAAGUUUAUGUUCACUGAAUACAUCAAGACUCAAGACAUAAAUUCUUGUUUUAUGAAAUUCAUCACAAGUCUACAGUAAGGUUGUUCAUAAGUUCCCCUAGGACUUCAGAAGACAACUGGGUGGAAACUCCAAGACAUACAGGAAACAGAGAUACAUCAGUGGGAAGAGGCUCUCUCCAAGUUUUUAAGUCACAUUACAGUUGCCCAAUAGAGUACCACGUGUGAUGCGCCAGUCAUCAAUAUGAUAAACUCUAUCCAUACAUAUCAGAUGAAUAUGCAGUUGCAAAUAAUGACUACCAUCAGCUGUAGAAUGGAAUGAUGACAAUGAAAAUUUGUGCCGUACUGGGACUCGAAUGCAGAUUUCGCAUUUAUUGCGAGGAGGAAAUUCACGUUUGAGUCCCGGUCUGGUACAAAUUUUCAUUGUCACCAUUCCAUUCCAUAGCUGAUGGUAAUCACUAUUCGCAAUUGCAAAUUCAUCUGAUGUGUUCGUAAUGGCUCUGGUCACUGCAGUGCAUCGUCAUCAGAACAACACAGGCACUGCAGUGUCAUACAGGUCCCAGUAUGCCACAGGCAGAUCAGCAACCACAUUAAUUACCCUGCCAUGUGACUCUCCCAAUUAAGUGGCAAUGGAAGCAGAACUUCGACAUAACUCCACAAGCAGAAAUCACACUUAGUUACGUCAGGUGACUAUAGGAGCCACUGAAGAAGAGGAGAGUCAAAUCCAAUUCAUUUCUGAAGCAGUUCAGCAUUGUGGCACUAUCUUAUGGCGAAAUGAAGUUUCCAUUGGAUUGCUGCCAUUAUGGCAUAAACCACUGCUGCAGAAUUUCCAGAUACAUGAAAUCAGUUGCCCUUACAAUGAAAAACAAAAUUCCAUGAAAAAUCGCUCUCCUCCAGUGAGGACAGCAAGUCAUUGAAGAAGUCAGAACAGAGCUCCCUGUCCCAAGUAGUCAGUGUAUGUAGCAACUGUAGCCAGUACAGUUUUAUACCCAUAUAUUUGCAUAGAAAGUGCCAGACAGCUGAAUGUUGUAUCUGCAGCUCUCUGCUCUCAUGUGCCAUCCAUUUCUAAACUCGUGAUGAAUGAGUCAUCAGAUGUCUCAUUCCAUUCAACAUAUCUUGUUAUUCUUCUUUAUUUUCACUGAGGAUAGCAAUGUUCUCAAGUGAGUCUUAUCACUGAUAUCCAUCAUCACUUCUUCACUGCACAGAUUGAACAGGAGGAGUAAAAGACUUUAUCCCUGUCUUACACUCUUCCUUCAUCCGAGCACUUCAUUAUUGGUCUUCCAGUUUUAUUGUUCCCUCUUCAUUCCUGUACAUAUUGUAUGUUACCCAUAUUUUCCUAUGGUUUACCUCUAUUUUUCACAGAAUUUUGAACAUCUUGCACCAUUUUACAUUGCUAAAUACUUUUUCCAGAUCGACGAAUGCUAUGAACGCGUCUCGAUUUUUCUUUUUUACUCACUGUCCCAACUAGCCUGUUUUCUUCACACCAUAGAAGCUGUCAGUCCCACAGAAUGUGUUGUACCAUCCUUGAUUGUUCUGUCUAUUAGAGCUUUUACUUGAUAUGUGCAAUGAAAUCAUCACUGAGACAUCACAAUAUAUUUGCAUUUAACAAAUUCAAGGACACAAAAACAUGUAUCGCUCCACUGUAUGCCAAGUUCAGACGGGUCUGCCUCCUUGUGGUGCCCUCUGAAAGUAGCUCAUGACACAUACUAUGAAAUGAAACUUAGAUGGAUGAUCUGUCCAUGGAUGUGUAUUAUUUUUCUGUAGGUCUUGUAGUUUUCAAGUAUUCAUUUUCUUAUACCCUGGAGAUACUUACGAAUAAUCCUGAACUUUUAAACCAUUGUAGAAAUGGAAACAACAUUUAAAUUGUUUGGAUGACUUACAGAUGGAUGACUACAGACAGGAUUCUGUAUUUCCCUGAGACAGCUGCUCAUCAUCUUCAGUUCCUACUGAUACACUGCUGUUGUGGCUCGCCAGUUUACGUGCUGGCACACUAGAAAACAGCAGGUGACAAGGGGUAGGGGUAUAACGUCACUGUAUACAAAUCAUAGAGGAUGUCGCCAUUCAGAGGCCCUUGCUGGAAAAACACACCAUGGUCUUCAAUGUGUGGGGUGGGAAAAGCGCAGCUGCAAGUCAUGGACCCAGCAUACACAUGCGGGCAGGCUGUUGGUGCCCAGUUAAACUAUCUUGCCGGGACAGUUGCUUUAAUAUUUUAUUUACUUAGAGUGAAAUACAUGCCACCAAUAAAACAGGACUUAUUAUUCCAACUUCUGCAUGCAACACCACAGUUGUUUUUAAUUUAUGUUACUGCUAUAAAAAGCCAGUGUUUAGUUUUUGGCUGACAUAUCAUUUUAGGUUACUUUUAUCCACUUAACAAAUCAAGAAGGUCUACCGUGUACAACAUCUUCCCUUUGCCAAUGGUUUUUCUAAUUUGUCAAUAACUUAUAUGCUCAACCUUUGACUACCACACAUCAAUUGGUUAGGAAAUAAAUGCUACCCAAGCUCUCUGGACCUGUAACAGCAAUCACAAGCUGCACAUUAUUUCAGAAAUAUUAUAUUCAUUAUGUAACCUUCAAAAGACAUGAAAGACUUUCAUCAAUACCAACAUUAAUCUAUUAAGGAAUAGAUUACUUUCAUUUCAAAACAAAUAGAUAUUAAAAGUAUACAUCUGCACCUGGUGGCGAAAACUGGAAUAAAUAUUUUCCGUUGUAAAUGUGUUCCACAUCAAUGCAUAAGCAUGUCUACCAAGUUUUGCUUCCAUAUGAUAACUGCAACCCACACUGGACCUCUGUGAGUAGCUGCAUUUUAAUUAUAAGCCUCAGUGGGCACUGUCUCCCUCAGGUAGGAAGAGGUACUUUAAUACCACUGUUCUGGAGAUGGGUCCUUCAGAACUAGCAAUUUUCCCACAUCUCAUCUGGUUGAAAUAGGUUCCAUUUCUUUCUUUCUUUUAGUUCUAUCGUGUUGUAUUAGUACACUAACUUUGUUAAAUUUGCUAAUUCAAGACAGAUGUGAUGAAAUGAACCACAUGCAACAUCACAUGAGAGUCAAUUUCUUGACUCCAUGAACAAACAGGGAUAACAUGUCCACUCAUUGGAAAAAGUGGGUGUACAAAUAGAGAUCUCAUAUGGCAUGAUACAACAUAAAUAGUGUAACUGUUUAAACAGAAAAUCUAAAAUUGUCAGAAGAAACUGAAUUUAAUGAUUAUAAAAGUGAGACAGAGAGAAAGUGCGUGCAAAAUUCAUCGUGUGGCAGUUAUCAUACAAGUUAAAAAUAUCUUGUUCUCUUUCUUCCAGUUAAUUUUGCUUCUCUAUCCCUCUUUCUGUUUUGAACACAGACUGCAUUAAAUAACGUUAAAAAAAAAAAAAAAA